GAUGAUGAUGAUGAUGAUGUUGUAGUGGAGUGAAUGAGACCAAACUUAUAAUAAUAACAGCAGCAGUAGUACGAAUGGACGAUAGAGGUGGAUCGUUCGUUGCUGUUAGGAGGAUUUCGCAGGGUAUUGAUCGAAGCAACACGUGCCAUUCAACCUCUGCUGAGAUUGUGACAGGAUCAACAGCAUGGCUUGGCAGAGGUCUGUCUUGUGUCUGUGCACAGAGGAGAGAGAGUGAUGCUCGUCCCUCUUUUGAUCUAACUCCAGUCCAGGAGGAAAGCCUACAGAGGUUACAGAGUCGUAUAGAUGUCCCGUAUGAUAGUUCUAUUCCUGAACACCAGGAUGCUCUAAGGGCUUUAUGGAAUGCUGCAUAUCCUGAGGAAGAACUCCAUGGCUUGAUUUCUGAGCAGUGGAAGGAAAUGGGCUGGCAAGGGAAGGAUCCAUCGACAGAUUUUAGGGGUGGUGGUUUCAUAUCAUUGGAGAAUUUGCUGUUCUUUGCCAGGAAUUUCCCGAAAUCGUUUCAGGAUCUUUUGCGGAAGCAGGAAGGAGAUCGAUCAGUGUGGGAAUACCCAUUUGCUGUUGCCGGUGUUAACAUCACAUUUAUGCUUAUUCAGAUGCUGGAUCUUGAAGCAGUCAAACCACGGACACUGGUGGGAGCAACAUUUCUAAAAUUUCUUGCAGAAAAUGAAUCAGCUUUUGAUCUUCUCUAUUGUAUAACAUUCAAGCUGAUGGAUCAUCAAUGGCUUUCCAUGCGUGCGUCAUACAUGGAUUUUAAUACAGUAAUGAAAGCAACGCGCCGGCAGCUGGAGAAAGAGCUUCUGCUUGAAGACCUAACACGGCUAGAAGAUGUACCCUCAUACAAACUUCUUUCACGAUAGUAUCUGAAGACUACUAGCUUUAGCUAGAAGGUGUUUUUGUACUUGAUGUGAUGCACUUAUGAUAUCCAUACCUGCCGUUUCAGCCUUUAACCUUCUAACAUUUGAGUAGGACUGAGACAAGCUUAAGAACGACAUCACGACGAUCUAGAGGCACUGGUAAAACUUUAAAUCUAGUCAGAAGGUGAUAUUCUUGGCUGACACACUGCCGGGGGAGUUUGAAAUGUAGGUUUGCUUGGUACCAAAGAGAUUAGAUUGUAAUGGAUUGCGGUUUGUCUAUAUAUUUCCUUGACGUCCAUUAUUGGGCAAAUGCUGCUUGCAGUCUUGUAUUAGGGGCUGGUGUACUUAAAGUUGCUUACAUCUUGGUGGCCUUGUUUGUGAAAGGAAUCCAUAUGCUGGUUAUUUGUUUGAGUAAUAGAAUCAAUAUCUGAGUUGAUUUUCUCUUUUAAA